AUGGCUUCAGACCUUCAGAAUGGGCAGCUCACGACUAUGGGACUUUUAAGACCGAAGACGAAUAUAGAUCGCCGAUCAUGCAAAAGAGUUGUCCCUAUGAAAGUUAUCUGUCUAGGUCUCUGUCGAACUGGCACUUCCUCAUUACGCGCUGCUCUCUUUGAGCUGGGCCUUAACGAUGUCUACCAUAUGUUUAGUGUGACCACAGAGAACCCCCUCGACGCGGAGCUGUGGAAAGAGGCCUACGAUGCAAAAUACAAGGGGAUUGGUAAACCCUACGGAAAGGAGGAAUUUGACGCACUCUUGGGCCAUUGCAUGGCAACUACAGAUUUCCCCGGCAUCUCCUUCGCCCCAGAACUCCUAGCCGCUUACCCCGACGCAAAAGUGAUUCUCACAGUACGGGAUAACGGUGAUGUCUGGUACGACUCCGUCUUCAACACAAUCUGGACAGUCUCCAACUUCCUUCGCGCCCCCCCAAAAACUCUAACCCAGCGACUCGUCCAAGCCAUUCUUCCCAAGCCUCAUUUCAAUGUAUUCGAGCACACUCCUCUUGGAAACUUUCCCGUCGAAGGCCGCCAAUGGUACGAUGACUGGAAUGAAGAUAUAAGAACUCGAGCCAAAGGGAGAGAGUUCUUAGAGUUCAAUGUCAAGCAGGGAUGGGGUCCACUCUGCGAAUUUUUAGGGGUGGAGCAGCCGAAGGCGAAAUUUCCGAGGGUCAAUGAUUCAGCUUCAUUUAAGGAAACUCACAACAAUGACCUGCUGCGUGUAGGAGCUAAGGUUGUCGCAGCUCUUAGUGUGCUAGGUUUGGCUGUUUGGUUGGCCAAGAAAUAG